AUGUCCAGCUCGAGCACCCGUACACGAACGACGACAACAGCGACCGGCAUGGCGACGGAGACGACGUCGGCGUCCGACCUGGCCGAGAGCAUCACCGACAGCGUGACCGACUCGCUCGCGUCCUUCACGAGCAGCAGCAGCACCAGCGCGUGGUCCGCGUCGUCGACGGCCAUCGCGAACGCGACCUCGUCCGCGGUCGCCAACUCGACCGUCCCGCUGGUGGUCAGCACGACCCUCCCGCUGCCGAGCACCGAGAGCCUCAUCCUCCCCUCGAGCACGCUCACGACGGCCACGGCGCCGCACGCGACGCCGACGCACACCCCGCAGGUGUACCGCGCCAACCCGUUCCUCGCGCAGGCGGUGGGCUUCAAGAAGCCCGAGAACGCAGUGUACGCGGUCAUCUACGCGCUCAUGCUCUGCGGCCUGCUCGCGCGUAUCUGGCGCGGCGUGCUCCCGAACAAGGGGACGUAUAUCCUCCUGGUUAUCCUUGCUGCGAUGCGCGUCGCGACGUUUGCCGUCCGCCACCACGUCGCCAUCACGCCCAUCUCGCUCAGCACCUACUUCAAGGCGCUGCUCAUCGGCUCAGGCGUGCUGAUCGUCAUGGGCUUCCUGUUCAUCGUCGAGGCGGUGAUGCAGCUCAUCUGGGACUGGUACUGCGUCAUCCGCGACGUCGAGCUCCCGGGCCGCACGCAGACCAUCAUCAACCAGUCGCGGCACUGGAUCCUCGUCGCGUUCAGCCUGAUUGGCAUCGCGGGCGUCAUCAUGCAGAUUGCGUCGAUUGACAAGGUACUGCAUAACGACUUUUCGCUGUACGACAAGGCCAAGGCGUGCCGGCAGGCGAGCGGCGCGCUGUUCCUCAUCCUGCUGGUCACCAUGUUCGUGCUUGUCUUUGUGGUGUGGGCACAGCGCCCGCACGACCGGCGCAUCAAGAAGACGCCGACGGGCCUGCUGCUCGCCGCGUUCUCCGGCCUGCUCAUCCUCGAGGCCAUCUACCGCGUCUGGGCGGCAUCCGACGACCACGGCUGGGUCAACAAGCAGGCCGCGGUCGACGUGCUCAUCGUCAUGCCCGAGUGGUUCAUCCUGCUCGCGUGCAUCUUCCUGCGCCUCGACGACCUCGGCAACAUUACCCACAUCUUCGACAAGUCGGAAGGCGACUUUGACGACAGCGAGAGCUUCCGUAACCUCCACUACCGCAAGACUGCUGCCUCAAGCUUCGCGGGCUACGAGGCCAGCUCGAGCCAGCUCGAGAUUAACAGGUACCUCGCCGCCGUGGAGUCGGGCGAGAAGUUGUGA